UCUAAUUGUUAAGGUACGUAUAAAAUGAAAAGGCCAUCUUCUAAAAAUGUAUCGAAACGUAUCAAUCCGACAUAAUAAUGAUGAAAGCCGUAGUAAUCCUCGUCGUGGUGGCGUUGGCCGCGCAGCAGUCGCAAGCCAUCAGACCCCAAACGAAGCAGACAUUAGCCGUGGUCCCAGCUUCAUGCAUUCUCUUCAAACUUUUUUGCCCUGAUGGAUUUCUUUCUACUACGACAACAACGACCACCACGACGACAACCGCGGCGCCUGGUACCGUGACCACCACCGGACCACAACUAGCAGUUGUUCCUGCAGGUUGCUUGAUUUUCGGGCUUGGAUGUCCAACCGGGUACACUGGACCACGGGGGCGACGAAGUUUGGAAUAAUAACGACAGACAAAGAGCAUGCAAAUAUGGGUCCAUAAAGCCUAAAAAAAUGCGGUUAUCAAUUAGUCGAAAUUCAGUAUUUUACAAAAAAAAUCUGCACGAGAUCAUCAUCAAUAUUAUUGAGCCAACUUUCUCUCCAACCCGGAACUGCUUUCUCUGUCAUCGCAUCGUGUAGUGUAGUUAUUUCGAAAAACUAUCAGUAUUUUACAAAAAUUCGGGAAAUUUCCAAAAUAAAAAUCUAUGCACAAGAUCAUAAUCAAUAUUAUCGAGCCAGAUGUUGUUUCCAGCUUUCUCUCCAACCCGGAACUGGUUUCUCUGCCGUCACAUAACAUCGUGUAGUGUAGCUUAGUCGAGAAACUAUUAAUAUUUUACAAAUUUUUUUGGAAAUUUCCAAAAUAAAAAUCUAUGCACAAGAUCAUCAUCAAUAUUAUUGAGCCAGAUGUUGUCGCCAACUUUCUCCCCAACCCGGAACUGCUUUCUCUGUCAUCGCAUAAUAUCUCGUGUAGUGUAGUGUAGUCUCCUCUUUGAUGAUGAAAACUUCAUCUCAUCGUCCACUCCAAAACCACCCACACUGCCUGUCACACAUGCCUUCUUCACUCCUCCAAUUCCAUGCAGAGUACGAAUCGAUACGAAUAAUCCCGUGGGAGAGACUCCACUAAAAACUUUCUCCAUUACGUCCUCAGAAUGAAUUUAUGAGCUUAUUUCACUUUCACUCUGACUGACUUUCUCCUGCGUACUUUUAUACUUGCCGAGCGAGCAGAGUGCUUCGUGGAGGGUGACGAAAUUAUGCUGAUCUGCACAACAAUACGUACAUCUGGACCAGAAAAGAAUAGAAUUUGAAAUAAAGAUAUUUUCGGAAACAAAAAUUUUUGCCAAUUUCAUUCCAUACAAAUUUCAUACAUGUUCAAAAGUAACAAUGAGUAUUCAAGCGAUCAAACCUGUGGACCAAUUCACCUCUGCGACAACGCUGGUUAUUAAGCAGAACUAUAUUACGUCGGACUAUUGUUGCUGUUGUUGGUCCGUGAAUGGAAAAUAUUACGAAAUCCGGACUACCGAAGAGGACAAAGAUCCGCCAUUGUUCAGAGCUGAUGAGGAUCCCGGAAAGCCAUCCAUUUCCAUAACGGAUCCUGACGGCCUCAUGUUUGUCCAACUUUUUGGAAGUGGUCACUGUCAGUGUGGCGCAAUUCCUGUGUGGCAUCGGAAAAUUGACGUCCACUGCACCCCGGGACAGCUCGUUGGCAGUAUUCACUACUCCACACCUUCCACUAUGCUUAUGAAAAAUGGGGACGGAGAACCAAUUUUUCGCCUCAUUCGACAAUCGCCCCCCAUUUACACGAACCCUUUGAAACGAGCUUGGGUUGAUUUUGGGGAGGAUCCCAAGUUUCAAGUUUUUUCCGUCAAUCCAGACUUUCCCGACGCUCUGACCACAAUUUCACGAAAGGGAAGAAAUUAUACUACGUACGGUUCACAAGGGUUCAAUAUUGUCAUGAAUUUAGAUGAGAGUUUAGACGUGGAGGCGAAAGCGAUGAUGUUGGGGGCGGCUUUUCCUAUUGGACUGGAAUACUACGAGGGCAGUGUUUUUGACCAGGAUCAGUACGGAAUGCCAAUGUCCCCACGGAACAGUCUUCACCGGACCAGUCUUCAUCGGACCAGUGAAACUACUUUUUCAUAAAAAACUGUAACUUUCUCUGCUCGAAUGUAUACGUAGGAAAAUAGUACAAGAUUUAACUAUUCUUCUGAGAGAAAGUUUAUGUAACUUGCAUGGCCAAAUAAUUCUAAUGUUACAACAAUAAAUAUUUGACUAUUUCAUAAUUUAUUAGUUUAAUUGGCACAUAAAUUCUGUACGCGUCUGAGAAGACGACAUACUGUAAAUAUGAGAUAGGUACAAAGAUCAAGAAUUUAGGACAGGUUUAGAAAAAGAGGUGCAGAAAGUGCUAGAGUGAAAGUAGCAAGGAUGAAAGAAGGAGAGUAAAAGAGACGGAAAAUGAUAAGAAGAGGAAAAAUGGUGGCGAUAAGCGUUCGUGGUGGCAACAUAAAUCUGUAAAA